AUGAGUAGCAACACGCCGAGUACCACGUCGUUCUUCACGUUUGGUCCAAACGAUAGCUUUGUAGCUAAAAGUGCUGCGGGACUACAGUAUCUCCAAGACCACCUCCUCAGCCGCGCCGUCUCAGAAGUCCACUGGGCCGUCCUCGGUCCCACACCGGAAUCCUGGGUCCUCAGCUCCAAAGACAGCGCCGGCAAGAGCAAUCUAAAAUGGGGCUCCGCGGUGCCGUCUCGCCUCCAAACCGUGCUGAAUAAAACAUGGCACUCGCCGCACCUCCGCGCGUUCCUCGGCCCAGACGACGGCUUCCUGGUCUGGCACCCCGAUCUCAUUCGCUGGGGCAACCUGCCUACAGCGCUUGAGGACGCAUUGCAGUCGUGGCUGACUCCCUCUGGAUGGCGGGUUGGACCGCCGCGGAUGGUGACAUGGGGGCCUGAGGGGGCGUUUUUCGCAAUGAGCGAGUAUGGAGAUGUGGUGUUCAAGCUUGGUGAAGGCGAUGCGUGGGAGAUUUACAAAGAGACAGUUGAGGAGUGGAAGGCGGAAAAGGGGUUUCAGUGGAAUCAGCUGGCGUAUAUUGCGCUGGAUCCGUCGAGUGCGGAUCAGUUUAUUGCGGUGAGGAAGGAUGGGACGUGGGCGGGCUCGAUUGAUGAUGUUAAUGAGGAUGCGCUGGAGGGGUUUGCGCUGAACUUCUUUGCAAAGGCGAAGAGUAAGCAUAAGGCUAAGCCCAGUACGUCGCAGCCGGGCGGUGACCAGCAGAAUGGUACGGCAGAGUCGGAAGAGAAGAAGAGAGAGGCCGCGGUCAAGGCGCUGUAUGAAAAGUGGUCGGUUGAGACGGCGAGUAUGUUUGCCGCGGCGGCUGCGGCGUCGGCGGGCCCGAAACAGAAAACACCACGGAAGAUACAGGUUCGCUCGCACUCGACUAGCUCGGAUACGCCGCCCCCGUUGCAUCGGUUACCUUCUUCCACGCCGAAGCUGUUCACAAUGUUUCCGUAUCUGCCGGGUAGUCUUACUACGUGUGCGCUGCCGGCGUGCAAGAUGCUCAAGCUGGAAGAAAACAGCAUACACGCCUGCCAUCACGACGUGGAGAAGUUGCUUCGUGCGAGUGGGUUGUAUAGUUAUGAGUGGUUGCGUCAAGAGCGAUUACGAUGGCAUCCUGAUCGCUUUGGAAGACUGUGUGCGGAGGAGUGGAGAGAGACGGGGAAGAAGCUUGCCGGCGAGAUGUUUAAGCUCAUGAGCGUUUUGAUGGAGGAUCUUAAGGGAGAUUCAGGGCAAGGGGGCAGUAGAGGUUCAUAG